GGAAACUAACCAGCACUAGCGACUCUGUCCUUUCUACAGGAAUCAUCGCCUACGUGAUGCAUGGCUCUCUGCUGAUCUUAUCCCUGUGAUUUGGCGCAACUUUCUUUGCAUACCUAGCUAGACUACACGAUCUUCAUCGUCUGGAAAGGUUCUCCUGCUUAUUCCUACCUAACCGCCCACGAUUCCGUCGAACGAAGCCGGCAGUUCCGUCUUUUAUGGCAUUUUUGCCUCGAGUAUCUUCACACUCCCUCAGAAGCCCUUUGACGGGCUAGUCCGUCCUCCAAGCCUUCCACCCUUGUCGCUCAGAUCGGUCGACAUGUCCUCCCGCAAUGCAAUCCCCGAGACCCCUCGUGUCAUCUCGCCGUCCCCUGCGCCCUCGGAUAGCAGAUCGAGCUCACAAGACAACUAUGCGGCUCCCAUGACCCGCUCUGCGGCGCGGCGCCGACAGCUAGGGAAUGUAUCGGAGGAGAUCGCAGGUGAAUCAGGAGCAGAGAGCAGGUCUUCGCGGCUACGAUCGCGCAGCCCGGCCACCACGCCUUUAAGCCCGCGAAAGCGUCAGCGCCGAUCGAACCCCAUGCAGCGCGUCAAGAGCCCUGAAGCAAAAACCAACAAGCAAGCGGAUUCCAACGGCUUUCUAUCCCCGCUCUCUGCAAAGGCCGACGGCGCCUUGCCUGACAUCUCCCGGUCUCCGUCCCCUAUGGGCCUUAUCCCGCUCCACACUCGCUAUCGUAACUUCAUCCAUCGCCACGAGAUCCCGCGGAAAGCCCUCCACGUCUCAAUCGGAUUCGUUACCCUACACCUGUACAGCCGCGGGGUACAGACAUCGCAGAUCACCCCGUGGCUGAUGACCGCCCUGGUCCCGAUCGCAGCAACAGAUGUCAUCCGCCACCGCUCAGAGAGGUUCAACCGAUUCUACACCAAGGUGCUCGGGGCGCUCAUGCGCGAGACAGAGUACGCAGGCUACAACGGCGUGAUCUGGUACCUGGCCGGCGCAUACGCCGUCCUACGCUUCUUCCCCAAAGACGUCGGCGUCAUGGGCGUCCUCCUCCUCAGCUGGUGCGACACCGCCGCGUCCACCUUCGGCCGCCUCUACGGUCGCUACACGUUCAGCCUGCGCAAGGGGAAGAGCUUCGCGGGCACCUUCAGCGCCUGGGUCGUCGGCGUCGUCACCGCCGCCGCCUUCUGGGGCUACUUCGUCCCUUACUACGGGGCCUUCCCCAAUGACCCUGAGGGGUCCUUCAUGUUCACGGGCCGUAUCAACCUCCUUCCGGAUUGCGUCAAGGGCCUCCUCGGCUGGGAGACUGGCACGUCCACGGGCCAGGUCACCGGUCCGUUGGCGCUCGGCGUCAUGAGUGUUGUUUCCGGCUUGGUGGCCGCGGGCAGUGAAUUCAUUGAUAUCUUCGGCUGGGACGAUAACUUCACGAUCCCCGUUCUGAGUGGUAUUGGACUGUGGGGUUUCUUGAAGGUUUUUGGGUGAGCCGUUGACUUAGUAGGGCAACUUGGAUAUACCUACUCUUGCUUUUCUUCCCUGCAUUUCUACCCUCUCCCGCUUGUUUCUCUCAUCGGCACUUCCUUUGUAUAGCAUCAUCCUUCUAUCGUCACUUGUCAGGAACACUUCAACCCCGCUGCCUAUAUUGAUCUUUCCUUCCUUCCCCUCCCCUCCCCUCCCCCAUCAUUCACCGUUAUUCAACUCCUCCAUCACUUUGUCUAUUAUUACCAUUCCUAUGCCACAAUAGCAUCAUCAUUUCUCCUCUCCUCUCCACCUCACCUCCCGAUCCACCCAUUACCUACCUACCUCCUACGUUGUCUGGAUCAAGGAAAGGGAACAUUUCAACAAGUUACCACCAUAGACAGCUUGCUUACUUUCCUUUGUAU